AGCGGAGGGGCGGCCAUGGCGGUGUGCGCGCGGCUCUGCGGGGUGGGCCCGGCGCGGGGCUGCCGGCGGCGCGGGGCGCAGCGGAAGGGGGCGGCCGGCGACAGCAGCGAGCCGGACACCGACCCGGAGGAGGGCGGCGGCGCGGAGGAGGAGGCGGCCCAGGCGGCGGCCCAGGCGGUGGCCGGCCCCCCGCUGCCACCCCGCGCGCCCCUCUCCCUCCUCGAGCUGCCCCCCGAGCUCCUGGUCCAGAUCUUCGGCUCGCUGCCCGGCGCCGACCUGCCCAGCCUGGCCCUGGUCUGCAGCGCCUUCCGGCGCAUCCUCCGCACCGACACCAUCUGGCGGCGGCGGUGCAGGGAAGAAUAUGGCGUCUGCGAGAACCUGCGGAAGCUGGAGAUCACGGGAGUGUCCUGCCGGGACGUGUAUGCCAAACGUAUAAACCCGCGAGUGAAGUCGGGGCGUUUUAUGAAAAUCCUUCCCGACUACGAGCACAUGGAGUACAGAGAUGUUUACACCUGCCUGCUGCACAGAUACCGACACAUCUUAGGGCUGUGGCAACCAGACAUCGGACCCUACGGGGGACUGCUGAAUGUGGUGGUAGACGGCUUGUUCAUCAUUGGUUGGAUGUAUCUGCCUCCCCAUGACCCUCAUGUGGAUGACCCGAUGAGGUUCAAGCCCCUUUUCAGGAUUCACUUGAUGGAGAGGAAGAGCGCCACGGUGGAGUGUAUGUAUGGCCACAAGGGCCCCCACAAUGGACAUAUUCAGAUUGUGAAAAAAGAUGAGUUUUCGACAAAGUGCAAUCAGACGGAUCAUCACCGUAUGGCAGGAGGAAGGCAAGAGGAAUUUCGGACGUGGCUGAGAGAGGAAUGGGGGCGGACUCUGGAAGACAUCUUCCACGAGCACAUGCAGGAGCUCAUCCUGAUGAAGUUCAUCUACACCAGUCAAUAUGACAACUGUUUGACAUACAGGCGAAUCUACCUCCCUCCGUGUAGUCCCGAUGACCUAAUCAAGCCAGGGCUUUUCAAGGGGACCUACGGGAGCCACGGCCUGGAAAUAGUCAUGCUGAGUUUCCAUGGGAAAAAGGCCAAGGGGACGAAAAUAACAGGCGACCCCAACAUCCCGGCCGGCCAGCAGACCGUGGAGAUAGAGCUGGCUCACCCCAUCCGCCUGCCAGACCUGGAGAGCCUGAGCAACCUCAGCGAGCUCUCCCGCAUCGUCCUGGAAGUGCAAGAGCAGGUGAGGCGAGAACAGCAGUGGCAAGAGGAGGGCGCCCCGGAGGGCAAGGAACCAGAAGAAGAGGACCAGCCUCAGCCGGGGCCCUCCCCAAGGGAGGAAGAUGGGGCAGAGGCCUCCAUGUCGGGAGAAGGGGGAGCGGCCCAAGACCCCCCACAGCCUGCACAGCCUUUUGUCCUGCCGGGGGGCAUUGCAUCCAGGAAGGAAGACUACCCUCGGACCUGCCGAGCCUGCUUCUACGGCACCGGACUUAUUGCGGGCCACGGCUUCACCAGUCCCGAGAGGACCCCCGGCGUCUUCGUCUUGUUCGACGACGACCGCUUUGGCUUCAUCUGGCUGGAGCUGCAGUCCUUCAGCCUCUACAGCCGCAUCAAGGUGGCCUUCCAGAACGCGGAGGCGCCCUCCCGGGAGGCUUUUGACGAGAUGCUAAAGAACAUUCAGUUGCUGACCUCGUGA